AUGUAUGAGCACCUCGUCCUCCAUGCACUCGGCCCCCGGGGCUCCUUGUCUUCUUCGUCCCCGCUCGCUCGUACCGCCCCCCGUCGGGGACUCCACCCCCCGCUAGCCCCCGCCCCCGGGACAGCCCACUCCCCACGGCCCGGCCGUUGCCGGCGCCCUCUGGCCCGGCACGGGACUCCUCCGGAAACGGCGGCAGCAAAGGCGGCGGCGGUAGCAGCGGCGGCAGCGGCGGCGGCGCAGCACCGCCCCGGCCGGCCCGGCCCCGCCCCACCGCCCCACGCCCCGCCUGGCCCCGCCGCCCGAUUUCGCCCCCCAAACGUUGCUCAGGGAUUCCCCCCUCCCCCAGCCACUCCAAAGCCGCUCCCGCCCGCCCGCCCGCCCUUCCGAAGCGAAGCCGACCGAGGCGAUACCGAGCUAUCCCUUCCUUUCCUCUCCCCUCCUCCCCUCCCCAAGGGCGCCAGUAAUUUGCCCCUGCUCCCCCACCCACCCACCCACCCACCCCAACCCGCACCAGUUCGGCCUUCGGCUCCGGCGUCCAGUCCUCCAUUCCUCGGCUUAAGAGGUGGGAGGGGCGCUGCCAAGUGGUACCUUCUUAUGGCGAGGGCAACUACCCUGAUUUCCACCACCGACCACUCCCCCUCGGGCCGACGCCUUCCUUCUCCCUCUUGCCCUGCUGCCCAGUACAUCUACGGCCCGGAGCAUAGGGCAAGUUGCGGGCUGCCGCCCUCUCUCCCUCCUUCCCUUGCACCCAACACCUCGUCUUCCAGGGGAACAAGUCUCACCUGGCCGGGGGUGGGGAGGACUGGGGUACGCGGGGUUGGGAAGUGGAGUGGAGUAACCCUGGAGUGGGGUGUCCCGGGGGAGAGGAGGGGCGGGGCGCGGGCACAGCCCCAGCCCCAAGAGAGCGCAAUGUCCGGAGACACAGAGAAGAGAAGGACGCCGCCCGGCUGCUCGCCCGCCCGCCCACCGACCGGUCUCCAGGCUGGGGAGAGCGGCGGUGAGGCAGCUGCUCGCUCGGAUGCGAGUGAGCUGAGUGAGGCGAGGCGAAAAGCCGGGGAGCCCAACCAACGGGCUCCAAAGGGUGGAAGAAAUUUCGGAAAAAAAAAAAAAAAGACGCACCUGUUCUCGGGUCGGCUGGGCUUGGCUGGGCUCGGUUGGGCUGGGCUGGGCGGCUCAGCUCAGGCCGCCACCCCGGCUCCCUUUGGCUGCUGGCCCCAGCCCCGGCGACGCCGCCGCUCGCUGCCCGCUCCGCGCUCGUACCGCCCUAAGCCCCCCUGCUCAGCACCACCGACCACCAACCAACCACCAACCUCCAGCUCGGGUUCCGGCUCGUCCUCUUCUACUGCGCCCGCACUUUGCUGGGCCCCUUGGUGCCCAAUCCAGUGUGCAGAUCCCGAGACCCGAGACCUCCCCCGCCGGGCAGCACUGAGCAGUCGCACUCAGUCCCCUCCUCCCUGGGGCCUGAGGGAGGCUCCCCUAGCUGGAGGGGAAAUCUGCCCCACCUGCCCCCCACUUCCCCAAGCCUCGCUCCUCGGGGAGAAUCAGAUGGGCGAAGGGGUGAGAGAGAGGGCCAGCAAGCCCCAGGGCUUCCUCGGGGCUGGUCGGCUCCCUUCGCCUCAAGAGGAGACUCCAGACGCCAAGGGUGGGGGGCCACGGGGGGCCAGCACAAUCGGAGGCGGCGUCUGGGCUCUUUUCCCGGAAUCACCUCCCCGAACACCGUCUAACACUCGUAGUUGCUCACCAGUCAAUGCCCUGUCCCUCUUAGGGCGCUGGAGGCGGGCGGUCGGGGACGGGGAGCCCAGGGCACAAACUCCGCGGAAGCUGGCCUUCUCCGCCGGGCCGGCCGCCCGCCGCAGCCGCCGCCGGCCUCGCUCUCUCACUCCGUCCCUCCCUCCCUCCGCUCCGGGCCCCAAGGAGAAGGAGGAGGAGGAGGCAGGCAGGCAAGCAAGCAAGCAGCUAGCUACCUUCGCUCUGGCCGGCGCGGUCCAGGUCCAGGUCCGGUCCAGCCGGGCCCGCUGCCUCCCUCCCUGCACGAGGGCUCGGUCCACGCAGGCUCCCGAGCAGGGCGGAGGGGCCGGGCCGCUCCCCCGGGACUCAGCCCCGCGGCGCCCCCUCACCUGGGCAGCGCCCCCCAGCCGCUGGCGCAACUUUCGUCCUCACGCCGAGGAAGCGGGGAAGGGAGGCGGCAGCGGUGGUGGCGGCGGCGGCGGAGGGGGGGGGGCCUGGGAUCAGGCCGCUGAGCUCCGGGAGGACACGUCACCGCAGACCCCGCACAGGCCACCUCGUGGGCCAGUCCCGGGCUCCGAGGAGGUGGGGGGACCGCGAGCAACGCCGCUGGCGGCCCGAGAGCUUUACGUGCGCCUCUCCCCCGUUUUCUCCGGGAACCAGGGGGUAGAGGGACGCUUAGAGGGUAGUAUUCGGCCUUGCAUUCGGGAGGGGGGGAGGAAGCCCCCGCCAAACGCCCCGCCCCGCCCCCCUCCGGGCUCCCCGCACACCCACCCGAGACGGCCUCUGUGCGUGGCUCCGGCGUUGGGCACUGAGGACGCCCGCGGGCGCAGCCCCAACCCCUGCGCUUAA